AGGAGGAGGGAAAAGAGCAGCUCCCUGCAUUAAAAUGCAUCGUGGCAACAGCUGAGAGAGUCACAGAAGUGGCCCAGUUUACGCCUCCUCCGAAUCUCCUACAGGCAGUGCAAUGGCCUCAGAGGCACUGUUUGGACCAUCUCUUCUUAAAGAUGGAGUGAAAAGAGGAGCCAGGCAGCUUCCUCAGGCCCUCUUGACCUUUGAGGAGGUGGCUGUGUUUUUCACGGAGGAGGAGUGGGCUCUGCUGGAUCCAGGCCAAAGAGCUCUGCACAAGGAAGUCAUGGAGGAGAAUUAUGAGAUGGUGGCCUCUCUAGCAGAGGGUCUGAUACUCAAGUCUGAGCUCAUCUCCUCACUUGGAACAGAAAAAUACAGGGAUGUUGUCCCGGACAAAUUGAGAGGUGAUGAAGAAGGCAAUCAGAAUUUUGAGGAGCCAUCUGUAAAUUACUUCAGUGUGAGUGAACACCUUAGCACACAACUACAAACUAACACAGGGGAGAAACUCUUUAAAUGUAUGGAGUGUGGGAAGAGUUUCAGUGAAAUUGGAAUACUUACCAUACAUCAAGGAAUUCACACAAAGGAGAAACCAUUUAGAUGUAUGGAGUGUGGAAAGAGCUUCAGUAAGAAUGGAACUCUUUCAAGACAUCAACGAACUCACACAGGGGAGAAACCAUUUAAAUGUUUGGAGUGUGGGAAGAGCUUCAGUGAGAAUGGAUCUCUUGCAAAACAUCAACGAACUCACACAGGGGAGAAACCAUUUAAAUGUAUGGAUUGUGGGAAGGGUUUCAUUGAGAGAGGAGCUCUUACAAAACAUCAACGAACUCACACGGGGGAGAAACCAUUUAAAUGUAUGGAAUGUGGAAAGAGCUUCAGUGAAAAUGGAAAACUUACUGUACAUCAACGAACUCACACAGGUGAGAAACCAUUUAAAUGUAUGGAGUGUGGAAAGAGCUUCAUUUGUAGUUGGAAACUCACCGAGCACCAACAGAGUCACACCAGGGAGAAACUAUUUAAAUGUAAGGAUUGUGGGAAGGGUUUCAGUGAAGGUGCAAAACUGACAAUACAUCAACGAACUCAUAUAGGGGAGAAACCGUAUAAAUGUAUGGAGUGUGGCAAGGGUUUCAUUCAGUGUGGAGCUCUUACAACGCAUCUACGAACUCACACAGGAGAGAAACCCUUUAGAUGUAUGGUGUGUGGACAAAGCUUCAGUUACAAUGGAAUACUUACUGUACAUGAACGAACUCACACGGGUGAGAAACCAUUUAAAUGUAUGGAGUGUGGGAAGGGUUUCAUUGAGAGUGGAGCUCUUAGAAAACAUCAACGAACUCACACAGGGGAGAAACCAUAUAGAUGUUUGUAUUGUGGGAAGUGCUUCAGUCAGAGUGGAGCUCUUACAAGACAUAAACGAUCUCAUACAGGGGAGAAACCAUUUAAAUGUUUGGAGUGUGGAAAGAGCUUUAUUUGUAGUUGGAAACUCACUGUGCACCAACAUAGUCACACCGGAAAAAUCAUUUAAAUGUAUGGAUUGUGGGAAGGGUUUCAGUGAAGGUGGACAACUUACAAGACAUCCACAAACACAUACAUGGGGGUAACCGUAUAAAUGUUUGGCGUGUGGAAAGAGUUUAAGUGAACCUUCAAAUUUGACUAUAUAUCUACAAACUCACAUGAGAGAAACCUGUAGUGUGUGCAUAGAGCUUCAGUCACAGUGGAAUACAGUGGUACUUCAGGUUAAGAAAUUAAUUCGUUUUGGAGGUCUGUUCUUAACCUGAAACUGUUCUUAACCUGAGGUACCACUUUAGCUAAUGGGGCCUCCCGCUGCUGCCACGUGAUUUCUGUUCUCAUCCUGAAGUAAAGUUCUUAACCCGUCUGUAACCUGAAGCAUCUGUAACCCGAGGUACCACUGUGCUUACUGUACAUGAAUGAACCAUUUAAAUAUAUUGAUCAUGGGAAGAGUUUCAGUGAGAGUGGAGCUCUUACAACACAUCAACGAACUCACACAAGAGAGAAACCAUUUAAAUGUAUGGAUUGUGGAAGCUGCUUCAGUAAGAGUGUAACUCUUAGUAAACAUCAACGAUCUCACAGACAGUGAAGGAUUUACGUAUAAGCUAAACAAGCUAUAGCUUAGGGCCUCACUCUCUUGGGCCCCCAAAAAAAUUUGAAGGAAAAAACCUGGAUGUACAUUUCCAAAAUAUAAGAUAAAAAAUAAAACCAACAUACAGGAACAGUGUUUUGUGUUGUGUAGGUGCCUAUGAUGAAAAAUAUUCAUCUUUAUUAGUAGGCCUAUAUUAUUAUUUGCAUUCAGAAGCGAACACAACCUGCGUCUGCGCGGGUCACGAUUCGCUGCUUCUGCACAUGACGUCAUUUUUACCGUAUGCGCAAGCGGCAAAACCUGGAAGUAAUGCGCUCCAUUACUUCCAGGUCGCUGCAGUGCGCAACCCGAAAAUACUUAUCCUGAAGCUACUUUAACCCGAGGUAUGACUCUACAGUUCCCUAUUACCCCCACUUGCUACAAUAAUACUAUAUAUAAAUAUUAUAAUUAUAUUAAAUAUUUUACUUACAUUUUUUAAAAUGUCACCCAGAUGUUACAAAGACAGAUACUUUUUCUGUGAUCAUUCAUAGCUGAGAAGGAGAAAAAGCCAUCCUUUCCUCGUCUGGCUUUUUGUCCCAUUCAGACUUCUCAGCACCGUUCUGGGCGGCUAUGUCCUUGACAACAGUGGUGUUUAGGAAGCAGGAUUGGCUCUGGAAUCCUAGAACUGUAGAGUUGAAAGGGAUUCCAAGGGUCAAGUCCAACUCCCUGUUAUAGGAACAGCACCAUAAAGCCCAUUUUUAUAAUUGCAACAAAGGAACAAUGAAAACACAGAAA